AUGGCUGCCUACGAUAUUCCAACCUUCUUAACUUUGGCGACAUAUUUCAUCGCUCCACACAGCUACGAAUCCAGGAGAUUUUGCUUCAUCUCAGUGCAAAAAGGAAUGAUUCUCAACUACAUGUUCCCAAUAUCUCUACUCAUAUUCCUAACAACAAUCCACUCUUUGAGCGGUAUUAGAAAAAUCAACAUGGAAUUGUGUAAACUGGAAUUGAAUAGCUCUGCGGAGUCUCUAAACGCACUGAAGAAUGAACUGGAGAUGUUAAAGGAUAGAAAAGAUGAAUGUAUGGAUGAAGAAAUAAUGAGCUUGAGGGAAUCGAAGUCUUGCUUGAAAUUGUUGUGUAUUAUACAAACCGGAUAUGAUAUUGUAUGGUUUGUGGUGGUUUUGGCUUUGGAAAAUGUCAACGAAAGUAGCGGAAUGGCGAUUAUUUAUGCCAUUACGUCUUGUUUACUGAAUUGGUACAUUUUCAUCAAGAGAAAAAGUUUAAUGCCGACUCUUAGCGAUCUGCCCGACGAUAUGGAAGAAGUUAUUGUCCAAAAGGAUCUAACGCAUAUCGUCACUGCCUCAGCCAAUGUAUCAAGAAGAGGAUCUUCCGACAGCAUCCCCCUACUGAAUUCGGAUACCGGUACCGAAAUGAGGGAGCUGCGGUUGGAUCAUAUAAGUACAAUAACUACAAAAAAGGCAGGAAAAGGUUGGCUAAUACUAUUCAUACGCAAUAGAGGCAAUAAUGAUAAAGCUUCAUCUAAAGAUGACUUUGGAGACUCAGAUGAAGAAGCUGCUCCUGAUACAUAUCUGGAUAGGGUUACAGCUAAAGGCCAAGAGGGAUGA